AUGUAUUUCAAGACCAAUCCAGGCAGUAGAGAUGAUGCCGGAGCAACACGGCGGAUAAGUCCUCACAUCCGCAGUUCUGAAACAGCUGGCUUCAGCCAGUCCACAGCGCUGUCUGACCUAAACACCACACCCGAACUUCUCACUGCCGACACGACGGUCAGCUCAUCUCCACGAACCGUGUGCCUAGAACCCGGCCAGGCUAUCGUCCCUCUGAUCUGCCGAUACUCACAGCAAUAUCCAUUCGCACCGUACACUACUCCGAGCGAGACGUUUUACGACGUCUGA